CGCGGACAUCUCAGCGCACCAUCGCGCCUCGAGGAGAGAGCGAUGGGCACCUCCUCGACAUCGAGCGCACACUCGCGAUGGACAGGAGUUCACUCACCGCAAUACGUCGCCGGCAUAGUCCCUUUCGGGGACGACGCGGGGAACCUCGAAGCCGCAGGCCGUUUCCGUGCACUACGUCUCGUCCUCGGCCCUCGAGACCCAGCUAUCGCACACGGCGAGCCCGACAAUACAGGUCUCGCUGCCACUUGA